AUGCCUCCCAGCAAAUGGGAUGAUGAGGAUGAGGAGAGCACGCCUCCUUCUUCUCCACCCGCACCCGCUCAACGCCGUGGCAAGUUCGACGACGAGGAAGACGACGACGAUGUCCUAGAGUCAUGGGACGCCGCCGAGGACUCGGAAGUCGAGCGCGAGAAGGCAAAGAAGGCCGAGGAGGCAAAGGCGAAAGCGGAGGCUGAGGCAAAGGCAAACCACAAGUCCAAGGCGCAGCGCAUCAAGGAGCGACAGGAGGAGAACAUGCGCAGGAGAUUGGCAGGCGAGGAGGAGUCUGAGGAAGAGGAGGACGAGGCCACCCGUCGUGCCCGGUUACGGAAGAGCGAGCAGGACGCCGACCUUGCGCACGCUGAAGAUCUCUUCGGCGGCGCAGGCCUCAGUGUUGGCAGCAAGCAACGCACCGCUGGUUCAAAGGCCGUUACCCUCACCGACGAGAGCGACCCGAACAACGUCAUCGACCUCAGCUCGCUGAAGAUCUUCAACCCGCAGACCAAGGAUCAGUUCACCAAGCUGCGGGAGACGCUCACGCCGCUGAUCGGCAACAACUCCAAGAAAGCCCAGUACUCCAUGUUCCUCCAGGAAUUCUCCAAGCAGAUCGCCAAAGACCUGCCCAGCGAGCAGAUCAAGAAGAUUGCCAGUGGUCUGACCACUCUCAGCAACGAGAAGAUGAAGGAGGAGAAGGCUGCCGAGAAGGGCGGCAAGAAGUCCAAGGCUGCGAAGACCAAGACCAGCUUGAACGCUACGCGCGAUGUCGGCUACAAGGCCGACACGAAUGCAUACGACGAGGACUUCGGAGAGUGA